UACCUUGACCGCCUUUUUGCUUUCCUCUUCUUAUAACUUCCCAGGAUACUCACUUCUUCACAACGCUCUAGGUCGUGAAGGAGCAACUCAACCGUCGCUGCCAGAGAAGCCGCUGGGGGCUGGGGAGAGGGAGGCGUGGAGAGGAAUGUAGAGACCGAGUGGGUGAGGUUUCCCAGGAACAGAUUUCGAGGUUGCACGCGCUUGAUGAUGGCUGCUAGUCCCUCUCAGUCAGAGCCGCUGGCCUCGCAGGAACUCAAUGGCGACUUCAAGAAGCCAGGCCUGCCCUUGCCCCCGGCGGUGCGGGGCAAAGCCCCGGCCACCAAUCCUUCAAACCCUGAGGAGGUAAAGAAGGAAAGGCCCACGGCGCUGCCGGACUCCCAUUCCGCGGAGCCUGAAGUCCCGCCAGCCCUGCUGGACAGCGGGGAGACUAGGGGUCCAGCGGAGGAGCAGCCACGGCCCCCCACAGCUGCUCCUUCCCCUGGCGGCCCGGCCCGGGCUCCCCCUUACCGAGAGCCUCCGUGGGGCGGCCCCGCCACGGCCCCCUACAGCCUAGAGACACUGAAGGGCGGCACCAUCCUUGGCACCCGGAGUUUGAAAGGGAUGAGUUGCUGUCUUUUCGGGAGGCUCGCUAGCUGCGACGUGUGCCUGGAGCAUCCUUCGGUGUCUCGCUACCACGCUGUGCUGCAGCACAGGGUGUCCGGUCCCGAGGCAGAAUGCGACGGCCACGGGCCUGGCUUCUACCUCUUCGAUUUGGGAAGCACCCACGGCACUUUUCUUAACAAAACCCGCAUCCCGCCCCGCACCUAUUGUCGGGUCCACGUCGGGCAUGUUCUUCGCUUUGGAGGCAGCACCCGGCUCUUUGUUUUUCAGGGACCAGAGGAAGACCGAGAGGCAGAAUCUGAGUUGACAGUAACGCAAUUGAAGGAAUUGCGCAAGCAGCAACAAAUGAUGUUGGAGAAGAAGAUGCUGGGAGAAGACUCAGAUGAAGAAGAGGAAACGGAUACAGCUGAAAGAAAGAGAAAUACUGGUAGUCAAGAUGAUGAAAUGGGCUGCACCUGGGGAAUGGGAGAAGAUGCUGUAGAGGAUGAGGCUGAAGAGAACCCCAUUGUCUUAGAGUUUCAGCAGGAAAGAGAGGCCUUUUAUAUAAAGGAUCCAAAAAAGGCUCUCCAAGGUUUUUUUGACCGAGAAGGAGAAGAAUUAGAAUAUGAGUUUGAUGAACAGGGUCAUAGCACUUGGCUUUGCAGGGUGAGAUUACCUGUGGAUGAUUCAACUGGAAAACAGCUAGUGGCUGAGGCUAUUCACUCAGGAAAGAAAAAAGAGGCAAUGAUCCAGUGCUCACUGGAAGCUUGUCGAAUCCUUGAUACUUUGGGAUUGCUGCGUCAGGAGGCAGUAUCUCGGAAAAGGAAAGCCAAGAACUGGGAAGAUGAAGACUUUUAUGAUAGUGAUGAUGACACGUUUCUUGAUCGGACUGGCCUGGUUGAAAAGAAGCGUCUGAACCGAAUGAAGAAGGCUGGGAAGUUUGAUGAGAAGCCAGAGACCUUUGAAUCAUUGGUUGCAAAGUUAAAUGAUGCUGAAAAGGAACUCUCUGAAAUUUCUGAGAGACUGAAAGCCUCCGGCACAGCUCUAUCAGAGUCACCAUCUCAGGACUCUUUAGAUGCAUUCAUGUCAGAAAUGAAAUCAGGGAAUGCAUUAGAUGGUGUGUCCCGGAAGAAACUUCACCUGAGAACUUUUGAACUGAGAAAAGAACAGCAGAGACUUAAAGGGUUGAUAAAAAUUGUAAAGCCAGCAGAGAUUCCAGAACUAAAAAAAACUGAAAGUCAGGCUACAGAUGGAGAAAACAAAGCUAAAAAGCUUACACUGCCUCUCUUUGGUGCCAUGAAAGGAGGAAGCAAGUUCAAAUUAAAAACUGGAACAAUAGGGAAGUUACCCCCCAAGCGUCCAGAACUCCCUCCAACUCUAAUGAGAAUGAAGGAUGAGCCUGAAGUAGAAGAGGAGGAGGAGGAGGAGGAGGAGGAGGAGGAAGAGCAAGAGGAGAAAGAAAAGGAGGAGCAUGAAAAGAAGAAAAUGGAGGCGGGGAGCAGUAGGGAACAGCAGGAGAUAGAGCCAGAAGGAGCAGUGCAGGAAACAGGUCCACCCACAGAUUUCACAUGUUCUAAAGAAACAAAAAAUCAUGAAAACAUGUCUCAACUCGGCCAAGUGGAACAGAAUAAAGGUUCUCAAGAGAUUAGUGAGACAGCUGCAUUGUGUGAGGAACCCUCAGCAUCAAAGAAUGAAUAUGAGAAAAGCAGAGAUGAAUUGAAGAAAAAGAAAGCUCCUGGUCUAGGCAAACUUCCACUGACACUUUCCUCCAACUAUCCAGAAGAUGAUCCAGAUUACUGUGUGUGGGUCCCACCUGAAGGCCAAAGUGGAGAUGGCAGGACCCAUCUUAAUGAUAAGUAUGGCUAUUGAUUGCUUCCGAAUCCUAAAGGAAGACCUUGUGGACCAUGUGACAUGGGAUAUUUAGGAUAAUAUAUCAAGUUGAAUGUCCAGAGAAGGAGUUCAGAUGAUCAUUUGUAAAAUCUGGUGACUGGCCUUUUCUUCUGUGCUCUUGGCUUCCUAAAUUUAUCUACCCAUCUGAUUCUCUUGAAUUUGGUAUUUAUGUUUAAAAGUGUUUGUGUAUGUAUGUAAAAAGGAACCGUAUAUUUUGAGAAUUAGUAAAGUGAGAGACAUGACUCUGUUAAAUAAGAA